CCCCCCCGCCGCCUCCCUAACCUCGCUUUCCCACCCCCCCAACGUCGGAGUGCGAGACCUACUUAGGACAUUGUGUUCUGACAGCCUGCCAUCUCACUAUUCGAAAAGCAUCACACAUACUCAAUACGAGCUGGAAACCGCCAACUUCACAGUCAUCGAACGCUGUAUCGCUCGUCGGCAGUCACUCACCCGAUAGAGGCCUCUUACGAAUUCCUAGACAUUCUGCGCAAUUCGGUGUCGUUUCCCACGCUCGGACACACAAGGAAAAGUAGCUCGCUGGAAGGGGCGAAUAGGUUUAGUCACUCUUGAACUACCUUUGAAGGACGAUGAUGUGGACAAGGUUGCAGAUUGUGUUUGGCGGGUAUACCGUUGCGCAGCUCACCUGCAUCUACUACACCCUCCUCACCCUCCGCCACUCCCCCGCCACCACUACCAAACCCCCAACCCUCCUCCUCCUCCCCCUCCUCUUCUCCCUCCUCCUCCGCGACCUCACCACCACCCUCAGCCCCCAUCUUCCCCUGCAUCUUCUCCACACCCUCUCCCUCACCAACACCCUCCUCGCCGCCCUCCUCACACCAACCGUGAUCCUCAUCGCCUAUGAACUCUGCCACACUCUUCACGGGGGCCCGCGUCGCCGGUUGUUGUAUCACGACCAGUUUGGACGCAUCGCUGCUGUUCUUGCUGCCUCCGCGCUGUUCGUUUACGACAUGUCCGAAUUCGUUGCGGAGAAGGACUCCUUGGUGUUGAAGGAACGGCUGGGAUUACCAGGGUAUGAAGUCGAAGAUGGGGCACGGGCGGUGAAGGUCGCGGAGUAUGCUGGCACUGUGAUGCUAGUGUUGGCAGGGGGCUGUUUGUGGGCGAGGACGGGGUAUCCGUGGUUGAGUUUGUUGCAGGGGGCUAUCUUACUCGGUCGAGUCUCAACAGCAACAUCAGCAGGACCCUACACACCCCUCCUAACAUCCUCCUGGUCCCUCAUCCUCUCCAUCUCGCUCACCACCGCCCUCUCCCACACCAUCCAACACGCCAAGGAUCCCGCCGAUUCACCUCACUCUCAGCAUCUACUCACCGACGAUGACCUACGGUGGUAUGGAACGCUUGGAGGUGAUGAGGCGGGCAGUGGGCCGGGCUCGCCUGCGGGGAAGAAGAGUGGGACGAGUACACCUGGGGAGCUCGCGGGUGGGGCUGGGCAGGGGGUGGAACGGGUGGGGAGUGAUUGGACGGUGGUCGAAGUCGAAGAAGGGAAAUGAAUUGUGUUGCAUUCAACUGGACUAGGACUUUGUGUGACUGUACUGUAUAUAAUUAGCUGGGGGGAAGGAUACCCUUAGGAAAAAAGGUUGGAAGGUAAUGGCUCUUGGCCUCGAUUGCUCUUCUAUGACUGUUGUGCGGUUUCUGGAUUCGAUAUGCUUGUACAUACAUAUAUUGGGCCCGUUGGGUGCCCUUGCCCUAGUUUCGUCUGGUGUGGUCUGCUGCACUUCUGCGAUGCG